AUGGCCAGUCUUCUCAAGCUCCUGCCUUUCUUCUCUGUUCUUCCUGCGCUUGUUGCUUCUCAAUGGACCGAGCCUCCACCAGGUCCAGCAGAUCCAAGCACUGUGAAGACUUGCACCUUCUGGAUCAUUGCAGAAGAAAGCUCUAAAGCGGAUUGUCAUGGCUUCGCAGCUGAUUUAGGUGUCUCAUGGCAGGAUUUCUCAGCAUGGAAUCCAUCGGUUGGUAAUGACUGUGCCGGUAUGAUUGUCGGAAAUGCCUACUGCAUCGAAGAUAACAACGGCGUACCGACCACCACUACCACCACCACUACCCGAGCUACAACUACAUCGUCUGGCCCAGUUGCACCCGGGCCAACCCAAGACGGACAAGAUCCUAACUGUAUUAGUUGGGAAUACGUAGCCGCCGGUGAAAACUGCAGAACGGUUCUUGCAAAACGCCCAGGUGUGACAUUAGCGGAUCUGUACAAAUGGAACCCCGCGAUAGGGAGCGACUGCAGCGGCCUCUGGGCACAAACUUGGGUCUGUGUCGCUAUUAAGGGUUGGGUACCCCCCAGUACCACUACAACCACAACCACAAAGGCGACAACGACGACUGCGGGAAAUGGUAUAAAUACUCCUGCACCCACCCAAGCCGGUAUGGUAGGAAACUGCAACAAGUUUUACUUCGUCAAGGCAAACGAUGGCUGCUCAGCUAUAGCCUCUCAAGCGGGUAUCCCUAUCGCAAAGCUCUACGAAUGGAAUCCCGCUUUGAACGGUGACUGUACUGGUCUCUGGGCCGAUGUCUAUGUUUGCAUCGGCACAACGACAUAUACAGCAACCCUCACCACUACCACGAAGUCGACUACAACCACCACCAGAACCACCACAACUAGCAACAACGGGGUAGCGACCCCUAGUCCGAUCCAAGAUGGCAUGGCCAAAAACUGUAAUAAGUUUUACUUCGUCAAAAGCGGCGAUGGAUGUAGUUCUAUCGCCAGCCAGUUCGGAGUUACUCUAGCAAACUUCUAUGCGUGGAACCCAGCAGUCAAGAACGACUGUAGUGGCCUUUGGGCUAACGUCUAUGUUUGUGUGGGUCUGAUAGGAUCCACUCCUACUCCUACUACCACCACAAAAACAACUACGAAGGCGACUACUACCAGUGGGAUCGUGACGCCUACGCCGACCCAGUCUGGAAUGGUCAAGAACUGCAAGAAGUUCCAUUUCGUUCAGACGGGUCAAACUUGCGAAACUAUCCAGAGGCAGUACAGUGUUACUCUAGCACAACUGUUUCAGUGGAACCCCGCAAUCGGUUCUACCUGUACCGGAAUGUGGGCCCAGACCUACCUCUGCGUGGGCGUUUAA